AUGGUACCUAACUGUUUUCCGACACCUACCCAUCUCCCAAUUGUCUCCUACAUCCUCCCGUCUCCCGUCUCCCGUCUCCCGUCUCCCGUCUCCCGUCUCCCGUCUCCCGUCUCCCGUCUCCCGUCUCCCGUCUCCCGUCUCCCGUCUCCCGUCUCCCGUCUCCCGUCUCCCGUCUCCCGUCUCCCGUCUCCCGUCUCCCGUCUCCCGUCUCCCGUCUCCCGUCUCCCGUCUCCCGUCUCCCGUCUCCCGUCUCCCAAUUUUCCUGUCCUCACAUUCUCCAGCAAAACACUCAAAUCCCGUUGUCCCCCUGCUCAAACACCAUGUAUUACCAACAUCGUGCUAAGUUUCCAAUGGGUGACAUUAUUUGCAUCAGGAAAUUAA